AUGGAGCGGUUCCAGGUCACCUGUCGGUCGACCCCCUCGCGACGGAUACCAAUCGCACGGUUUCCUUCCACGGGUAUGCUGGUGGAGCAGGACUCGCGCUUCGUGGUGACUCGGCCCCAACCCGGGGAGAUGGUUAUCAUCGCACCUCACGGCCUUCCUCAGCAGAAUGAGGCUGUCCUCAUCGAAUGUUUUUUCCCAAAAGGGGGCACGCGAACUGCAUUGGUGAUGGUGAAAGCGACAGCCAGUGAUGUCGCGUGUUCGGAGGGUUUCCGCUGUGGUGACGGAUCCUGUAUUCCUCCUUGGCAGCAGUGUGAUGGUCAAAUUAAUUGCAUUGAUGGCCUGGACGAACUCUUCAACGUUGUCUUCGAUGCCAACGUUCAGGUUGAUGGUUUUCCAAACAUUUAA